CAAAUCAAGGAACAAAAAUCUUAACUUGACUGGUAAAAGAAAAAAAAAACAAAAGGAUUAGAAAGGGCUUAAACUUAAAAAGCACCAAACAUGGGGUACUCUAGUACUACUAGUACUAUUACUCCUAGGCCAACGGCUAGGAUUUUCCUCUAUAAAUUGUGUAUGGUUGGUCAUCACAUGUGAAAGCACUCUCUCAUCACAAACACACAAAACAAAAACAUAUUUAAGGCAUGUGAACUAGACACGGAUAUAGUUGAGCACAGAACCUUGGCUACUGACCUCAUUGCUCUGUUCUCCUUGUGACCAUCACAUUAUUAUUAUUAUAAUUAUUGGGGUUCCCAUUUCUGAGCCUCAAUUAACUCAGGCCUCAGCUGUUUACGUCUUACUUUCACUCUUGCUGAUCAAUCGUCAGAGGAGCAAUAGUAUUUUUGGUACUAUUUACUCCUAUGAAGAUGAGAUUGAUCCUUGUUCUCUUCUUAUUCAAUAUAUGUCCCUUUUUAGUUGUUGCUUCAUUGGCAGAUGGGCCUUUGUAUGAUUUUACGGCUUACACUGAGUGUAAAGUGAAGCCAGAGAGGCCACUCUACAAUGGGGGUAUUCUUAAUAAAGAGAAGCCUAGGGCUGUUGGGGAAUAUGGAAGUGAUGAUGGUUUCUAUUCACCUGCGUUCAUACUUCGCAACCUAACUCAAUCCACCAUUUACUGCUUCUCCAGUUGGGUUAAGAUAGAAGGUGAGGGAUCAGCUCUGAUAAGGGCAAAUUUAAAAACAGAAGAUGAGACCUAUAAUUGUGUAGGGACUGUUUUGGCUAAGCGUGGAUGUUGGUCUUUUCUUAAGGGUGGAUUUGUCCUUGAAACACCCUCCAAUUUAUCAAUAUUAUAUUUUCAGAGCUCGGAUGAUAUAGAUGUUGGUAUUAACAUUGCAAGCUCUUCACUGCAACCAUUUUCCAAUGAACAAUGGAGAAUAAAUCAACAAUAUAUAGUCAAUUAUAAAAGGAAACGUGCUGUGACAGUCCAUGUCUCUAAUGAAAAUGGAGAAAGGUUACAAGGAGCCACAAUUUUGAUAGAGCAAGUGGCUAAGGAUUUCCCAUUUGGGUCUGCCAUAGCAAAAACCAUCUUAGGAAAUUUCCCAUAUCAGAAAUGGUUUGCCAAACGAUUCAAUGCUGCAGUUUUUGAAAAUGAACUGAAAUGGUAUGCAACAGAACCUGAACAAGGCCAAGUUAACUAUACCAUAGCAGAUCAAAUGUUGGAGUUCAUUCGAGCUAAUCAAAUUAUAGCAAGAGGUCAUAAUAUAUUUUGGGAAGACCCCAAGUACACACCACCUUGGGUUAGAAAUCUCACGGGUUCAGACCUUAAAUCAGCUGUGGAGUUUAGAAUUCAAAGCCUAUUGAGCAAAUAUAAGGAUGAGUUCAUUCAUUGGGAUGUUAGCAAUGAAAUGCUUCACUUUGAUUUCUAUGAAAAAAGGCUUGGCCCUGACGCCACGCUAAGUUUCUAUGAAUCUGCACACAAAUACGACCCAUUGGCAACCUUAUUCAUGAAUGAAUUCAACGUAGUUGAGACUUGCAGUGAUGUGAACUCCACCGUUGAUACAUUUAUUUCAAGGUUGAUAGAACUCAAAAAAGGUGGAGUUUUCAUGGAUGGAAUUGGUCUAGAGGGACAUUUUACAGUACCCAAUCCUCCACUUAUGAGAGGUAUACUAGAUAAGUUGGCCACACUAGGAAUUCCCAUUUGGCUAACAGAAGUAGAUAUCAGUAAAACCCUCGAUAAAACAUCUCAGGCUAUUUACUUAGAACAAGUUUUAAGAGAAGGCUUUUCACAUCCUUCUGUUAAUGGUAUAAUGCUUUGGACUGCUCUUCAUCCUAACGGGUGCUACCAAAUGUGCCUGACAGACAACAAUCUCCAAAAUCUCCCAGCUGGUGAUGUAGUUGAUAAGCUUUUGAAAGAAUGGCAAACAUUGGAGUUAGAGGGUGUGAGUGAUAAUCAUGGAUCAUAUAGUUUCUAUGGGUUUCUAGGUGAGUACAAGGUCAAUGUCAAGUAUCAAAAUAGAGCUGUAACUUCCACUUUCUCACUCUCUCAAGGUGAAGAAACUAAACACUUUAGCAUUCAGCUCUAAUUAUCUUAUACAAUCCCACAUAUUUUCAAUUUAUCCUUUCAAAAAAACUUAGGAAUUAAUUUACUCUAAAAAUUUGCUUAAGUGCAUAGCCAAUAAUUAAUGAUUCAAAGUUUGCAUUAUCUUAUUUAGAAGUUAGGUUUAGUAUUUUUAUAGAAUAAUUGUUAUGAAUAGUUGAAAGAAAAAGUAUUGUAGAUAUUGGUCCACAUUUUUGCAUAACUUUUUGCCUAUGCCAUGAUAUCACUCUUCUCCUUCUAUGGUCUUGGUCUUAAUUUUAUGAGCUUGCUUAACACUCAUCUGUUCGUGUAAACUUCAAUUGUUUAUAAAUUAUUAAAGUUAUUAUUAGUAA